AUGAUUUUAAAUGAUAAUAUAUUAACCAUUGAGUAUCUUACUGAAUUGAUAUCUUUAUUAUUCCUAGGCUUAAAUACAAACUUAUCUUCAUCUUUUGCUGAAAACAACAUCAAUGGCUUCAAUAACAAUAUUAUUAAUAAUCGUUCUUUUGUUGAAAAUGGAACUGAGUCUGAAAUAGAAACUGAAAAUGACAAUGACAGUUAUUCCUCUCUAAAUACUGACACUGACACUACUAACAAUAACAAUAAAUUUUUUGUUAAUAUUGAAGAAAUUCUCUACUUUAACGAUCCACAAACUUUUAAAUUAAUUAAUGAUAUCAUAACUUUGAAUCAAUCCUUUAACAAUCCAAUGGUUUUAUAUUUUUGGAUAUUAAUCUUACAGUUAAAAUAUUUAAAAAUUGAAACCGCAACAACUGAUAAUGACAACCAGUUAAUCUCAGAUGACCAAUCCUUUUUAUCUUCUUUAGUUAAACUAGACGAUUUUAAUCAGAUCCAAACUCUAGAUCAAGACCAAUUUCAAUUGUCUCAUUUAAAGUUAAAUUACUUGAAAAAUUUAAUUUCCUUUUUAAUUCAAAAAUUCGAUCAAUUAAAUGGUUUUGAUCAAAUUGAAAAAAAUUUUAACCAUUUAAAAUUUAACAAUUUAUAUGUCAUCAUUCAAUCUUGCUUCCUCAUCUCUAUUUUGCCUUAUUUAAUACUUGAAAAUUUCUUUGAUAAUUUUUUUACAAAAAAACUAAUUCUUUUAUUAAAAUUUAAAUUGCCUAACGUUGAGGACUCAUUGUUAUCUUUUUUAAAUUUAUGUUUAAUUAACGGAAACUUUGCUUUGGAAAAUAUAUCAAAUUUAUCAACAUAUUUUUAUAAGUUUAAACCUGAUCAAACUAAUGUUGAUUAUGAACUAGAAAAUCAAGAUGAUGACAAUGGACUCAUCAUUUUAAAAGAUAAUUUAUUUGUUAGUCCUCCUUUUGAAUUAGAUAAUGAAAAUUUCUUAAUCAAAAUGAAACCUGGAACAAAGGGCAAAAUUUUAACAAAUUUAAAUAUUGAAAAUUGGGAAUUCAUUGUAUUCUAUCAUGGAUAUAAUGGCUGGAAUCUAUUGGGCAGAUUUUUUCAAAAUAUUUUAGUCAAAUUAAUUUAUAAUCAACCUAGUGAUGAUAAUCCAAAUAUUUCGGAUUCUAUUUCUGUUGAUGAACAAGAAUUUUUAAUAACAUUUAUUAAAUUAUUGAGAAAUACUUUUAAUAUUUUAUCGGGUGAUCAAUGUUUGGAUUUAAUUGAUUCAUUAUCUGUUUAUCUUAAUAAACAAACUUUAAAAUGCGAUAAUAUAAUGGACUUAGUUUUAAGAUUAUUUAAUUACUCUUUACAAAAAAAAAACAUGGAUUAUUUAGUUGUAUUAACCGGUUUAUUUGAUGUUUUUGUUAAAAAAAUUCCCGAUACGAUUUGGUCUUUUUUAAUUAAAUCAAAUUUAUUGAAUCUGAAUAAAUUGAUUUUUUCUGGCUCUCUGAGUUUUUCCUUUGAUGAUGAAACUAAUACGAAUAAUGAAGAUGGUGAUUUAUUAUUAAAUAUCCUUAAUUCCGUCGAAACUCACACUCAAAACUUUGAUUUCUCAAUUUCUUUAGUUAAGUUAUUUGAUUCAUUGAUUGAUGAUUGUUUGUUAAUUCAAGAAACUGAUCAAAGUGUAUUUUCAGAUAAAGUUAAAAGUGAAAUUUUAUUGAAAUUCACUCAAUAUUUCUUAUUUUUAUUUGAGAAUUUUCAAAAUUAUGGGUUUUCUCAAAUUCAUCAAUCUUAUAACUUGAGUUCAUUAAUUCUUGAUGUCUUUCAAAGAAUAUUAUUGUCAACUUAUAGUAUUAAUUUACAAAAAAAUUCAAAACCUCAAUUACCAAUUCAUAAUUUAACUGACUCAGCAGAAAGAAUUAUCAAGUCGUUUUUGGUUGUUAAUUUUUCUGAUCGAAGAGCAAUCAACCCAAUAGUAAAAAUGAUAAGUUUAGUUGAUAGUGAGUUGAAUGAUUUUACGAUCACAAAUAUAUUUCAAGUAAAUGAUAUAAAUUCGUUUCACUUUAAAAGCUAUAUUUUAAGUUGUUUUGAAUUUUCUAGAUUAAUUUUAUCAAUAAGAGGCUUAUUCUUCAAAAAAAUUUCAUACUUUGAAAAAGAAUUAUACAAAUCAGUAUCCUCUUUGAUAAAUAUUUAUUCAAAAAUAUUAGAACUAAGGGUUCCUAUAUUAAAAUUAUUAAUAAAACUUAUAAGUUACAAUACAUUAAAUAAAGAUCUGGAUUCAGGAAAGGACAAGGAUAGCGAAAAACUACCCUCACUAUUAGCUUAUUUGGGUGAAUAUCACACGAAAGUUUUAUUAUACUCAAUAGCAAAUGAUUUACAAAAUUCUUUGGACAAUUAUGAAAUUAAAAAUUAUUUAUACGAUUUUAUUUCAACAGUCUUGGAAUAUAAUCAGGAGGGAUUGUCAAUAAUGUUUUUGGCGGGCCAUGACGUUCGUCUUCAUGACAAAUCUAACAAUACGAAUAAAAAGAAACAGGAGCUUUCAAUUUUCCAAAUUCUAAAAAAUGAUGCUUUAAACAUUAAUAACUAUCCUCAUUCAGUAUCGAUUCACUUAUUAGAAUCUAUUUCUUAUGCCUAUAACUCUUGGACAUUUGCUCAAAAAAUCACUCCUACAGAUAAGGCUCUUGUGGAAAUUUUAGUAAAAACCUUUUUGAAAUUCAAGGAUGUAAAAAUAUCUGAGUUUACCGGAAAUAAAGAGAUGAUUAAAUAUUGCUACAAAAAUAAGUUAAUUUCUAUAAUUGGAGAAAUUUCUGCAUUUUUAUUAUUUUUUGUAACAAAUUCGUCAUCAAAAGAAAAGGUCCAACUUCAAACAAUCAUAAAGCCAAUUGUUGAUUUAUUAGAAAGUGAUUCAUUUAUCAACACCUAUUCGAAGGACUUAUUUAAAAUUAAUUUUAGAAAUUCUAUUAGGGACAUUAUUGUUGAUAAGAAAUCAAUCUUGUCAAAAGUUGACUUUUCUGAAUUUAUGUAUUCAACUUUAAUUCAUUCAAGAAAAAGAUAUGGUAUUCACUCGACAUAUAAUCUUAUUUUAUUGGAUCAGGUAUUUUGUGAUUGUGAUGAUUGGGAUUCGGUUAGACAGGAUUUAAUUGAUAACAGUAUUCAGUCACAAUAUGUGGAGUCUCAGGCAACAGUUGUGAAAUCAUGGGGUGCUUUAAUAACUUCAAACAUAAAAUACAAGAAAAACCAAACAAAUCUCAAAUUUAUUGAUGUUGCUAAAUCAUUAAUUGAAAUCAACAAUAAAGAAGGAAUUGUUCCAGGCUUUGAAGAAGUAUAUUUGGAAAGAAUUGAGCUUGUAUUUUUCAUUAUGUAUAACAUAUCUCAGAGCAAGAAUGAUAAAAUUACGGAGGUUCAACUCAAGUCUCUAAUUAUUGGUCUUAUUAUAUCAUUGAUGUCAAAAGAGAUUGAUUUUUUUAAUAAUUUCACAAAUAAUAACUUUCAAUUUUACAGAUCAUUAUUGAGGGCACUAUCAAUCACAUUGAAUAUUUCGAAAAAUUUGAAAUACUAUUAUUUAGAUUCAAUUUCUGAGGAAUUGUUGAAAUUUUUCAAUUUAUACAUUGCAAAGGGCACCAAAUUAAUUAUAUUAUCAAUUCAAGAAAAAGUUGUGAAAAUCAAUGAACUCAAAAAGGAAAAUGCUGAUAAAAAUGAGUCUGAUCUAGUUUUUGAGUUAGGUAUGAUAUACAAUAGGAUUGAAGAUUUGUUAUUAUUUAUUUCUAUUUUUAAAGAAAUUGGAUCUCUAAAACCAUCAUUCAAUCUAUUGACAAGUAUAACAAAUUGUUUUACAGUUCAUCAAACAUUGAGAUCUGUAUUAGAUCUUUACUACUACUCAAACUCUAUGAAAAUCAAUAACGAGCCAGUUUUUGCUGAUCUAGCGUUGAGAUUUAUUUUUGAAUUGGUGUCAGCAGAUGUUGUUUCUGAGCAGUUAGUUUCAAAUGAUUUAUUUUCUACAUUGAUUGAGAGUCCUAUUUCAUUGAUUAUACAAAAGGGAAUCAUUACACCAGAUAUUCUACCUCGCUAUCACCAUGUUUGGAGUAAUGGACUCUUGUCUGUAAUUUUGAUUUUGCUUAAGAAAUUUGGCGAGAGACUUUUCCCUGAAAUUUGCUUAUUUUUAAAGAGAUUUUCUGCUCAGAUUUAUAGGACAAUUACGGGAUGGUCACUUGAUUUAUUGGUGAUUACGUUUCCAUCAAUUUACGAGACUGGACAAUUGAUACUAAUAUUCCAGGUGUUGCACAGUUUGAAUUUUGAGGAGUUUGCGACAAACAGUUCGAUUGACAUUCUUCCUGGGUUAAACAACAAAGAAGAUAGAGAUAUAUUAGUCAGCAAUUUCAACCAAUUGCUAUCGCAUCCAAAGUUUCUUGCCUCCAGAUUUGUUCCCUCCAGCAUUGAAGAACAGAAGAUGUUGGAAGAUACCAGAUCCAAGUCAAAGCUCAUAGGUGAUGUCGUUAACGAAAUUGUUAACUUGAGAAACAAUCUUUGUAGUAUUGAAAGUUAG